AUGUUGCCUCAAGGCACACGGGAGGAGACCCAUGGCCUGGUGGGACAUCUCAGUGGUAGUAGACCUCAGCAGAUCUUGCUCGCAGGGGCUUCAAGGUCUGACGUUGUGGAUCACCUCAGGCACAGGCAUGUGAUGUGGAAUGGCUGCCUCGGUGGUGGCAGCAGCAGGCGGUGGCGGCUUGCCUCAGGCACGGGCGGUAAGAUGUGGAAUGGCUGCCUUGGAGGCAGCAGCAGCAGCAGCGGCAGCCAUAGUAGCUGCCCAGACCCCGGCUUGGGAACAAUGGGCCGUGGCAUCGUCAUAUCUUUUGCAAAGGCCAAGAUCCCUGUGAUUGCUGUAGAAUCAGACAAAAAGCAGUUAGAAACUGCAAACAAGAUAAUAACCUCUGUCUUGGAAAAGGAAACAUCCAAAAUGCAGCAGAGUGACCAACCUUGGUCAGGACCAAAACCCAGGUUAACUUCAUCUAUGAAGGAUCUUGGUGGUGUAGAUUUAGUCAUUGAAGCAGUAUUUGAGGAAAUGAACCUGAAGAAGCAGGUCUUUGCUGAACUGUCAGCUGUGUGCAAACCAGAAGCUUUUUUGUGCACCAAUACCUCAGGCCUGAACGUUGAUGAGAUUGCUUCUUCUACUGAUCGCCCUCACUUGGUCAUUGGCACCCAUUUCUUUUCACCAGCACAUGUCAUGAAGUUGCUCGAGGUUAUUCCCAGCCGAUACUCUUCCCCCACUACCAUUGCCACUAUUAUGAACUUAUCAAAAAAGAUAAAAAAGUUCGGAGUGGUUGUAGGUAACUGUUUUGGGUUUGUGGGGAAUCGGAUGUUGAAACCUUAUUACAAUCAGACGUAUUUCUUGUUAGAAGAAGGCAGUAAGUCAGAGGAGAUUGAUCAGGUGCUGGAAGAGUUUGGCUUUAAAAUGGGACCUUUUAGAGUGUCUGACCUAGCUGGGUUGGAUGUGGGCUGGAGAAUUCGGCGGGGGCAAGGUCUGACUGGACCUACGUUGCCUCCAGGAACUCCUGCCCGAAGGCGGGGCAGUGAUAGAUAUUGCCCAAUUCCUGAUGUGCUCUGUGAAUUAGGACGAUUUGGCCAGAAGACAGGUAAGGGUUGGUAUCAAUAUGACAAGCCAUUAGGUAGGAUUCACAAGCCUGAUCCCUGGCUUUCCCAGUUUCUGUCACAGUACAGAGAAACCCACCACAUCAAACCACGUAUCAUUAGCCAGGCUGAGAUCCUUGAGCGCUGCUUAUAUUCACUUAUCAAUGAAGCAUUCCGUAUCUUGGAAGAAGGAAUGGCUGCUAGCCCAGAGCACAUUGAUAUUAUCUAUUUACAUGGGUAUGGAUGGCCAAGGCACAGGGGCGGGCCCAUGUUCUAUGCCUCCACAGUUGGGUUGCCCACAGUUCUAGAGAAGUUGCAGAAAUAUUACAGGCAGAAUCCUGAUAUUCCUCAACUGGAGCCCAGCGACUAUCUAAAAAAACUGGCUUCCCUGGGAAAUCCUCCUCUAAAAGAAUGGCAGAGCUUGGCAGAGCCCCCUAGCAGUAAGUUGUGAUUCAGCCUUCCAGGUGAUGCCUCACAUGCUAGCACCAGUUAAUACCCACUGAAUUUCAGUGAACUUAAAUCCAAAAAUUCAAAGUAAGAUUGCUCUGAAAUACAAAGCAAAAUAAAGAAUCAGUCAGCUAAACCUCCCCUUUGAGCUUUCUGUCUGACCACUCUAGUGGGUCAAAUUUUUAGGAAUAUGCUUCCUAUGCCUCAGAAUCUGUUCCAAUCAGAUAAAUUUAGUCAAUAAACUUGUGUGAACAUAAUAGCUGUUGAGAGAGCCUCAGGAAUAAGUUGAGGUUCCCAAGUAUUUUGAUCACUGGAGAAAUAUGUCAUCAAUUAAUAAAUGAUAAAUGGGUCAGGUAUGGUGACUAAUGCCUAUAAUCCCAGCACUUUGAGAGGCUGAGGCGGGUGGAUUGCUUGAGCCCAGGAGUUCAAGACCAGUCUAGGCAACAUAAUGAAACCUCGUCUCUCCAACAAAAUUUCGGAAUUAUUAGCCAGGCAUGGUGGCACAUGCA